CAAUCUUUCUUUUCGGUUGUGAGAGAGACAGGAGAAAAGAGUUCUUUUGGGACUCCAAAGUCCAAGAGAUCUAAAAAUCUGCCAUUGGAGAAAGAAAACAAAAAAAGAAAGAGGGGAGAACAACACACAGAAAGAGAGAGCUCCUUAGAGAGAGAAACGAGAGAGAGAGAGACUUGGAGAGAGACCCUUUAAAAAGGCUCCGUUCGGCGCCAUUUAAACGCUAGUAUUGUUUUAUUAUUGUUAACUUUCUAGAAGUAUAAACCGACUACUUACCAAAACAAAGAAGAAAAAUUCUCUCUACUUGCUACUACUCAUCAACAAUUCCACUUCAUCUUCCAAGGCUUUCUCUCUCUUCUCUCUCUCUAGCCUUUCUGUUUAUGGCGACGGAUUCUUAAUUUUGAAUUCCGCCGAUCACUAGCUUUUGAGACUUGGCAAAGUUAGUUAAUUUUUUUCUAGGGUUUUGAUUGAGGGCUGUGUUAAUUCUUUUGCAUCACAAAUUCAAUCUGCAAUAGUAAAUAAUUAUAGCUUUGAUGGAAAGAUUUGGGUCAGCUGUUUUACACAAGAGAUAGCUAGAAGUUUUGACCCAUCAGCUGAAAAUUUGAUAAAAAAUAGUACAAGAACUUGGGUUGGGAUAUACAAAAUUUGGGGAUAUGGGAUGCCUACUAUCGACUCCAACUGAUUCUGGUGGAAAUAGAAGGCGUCCAGGAAACAUUGGGGAUGUUUCUGUUUUUGUUCCUGGCUUACGGAUCCCUAAACCUGUAGAUUUCUCUGAGUCACUCAGUGAUCACUUGUCUAAAAGUUUAGUGGAACGCCUUUCUGCUCUUAGAACCCGGAUAGUUGUAAUGGCCGGCCAAGAAGCUCCAACGAUUACAAGAACAAGACGACGAACUGCCACUCAGCAUGGAGGUUCGACAUUGACAGAUCUUCAUCAGGCUCUCGAGGAUUAUUUGCCAGUUCUUUUGGGAUUAGUUAAAGAUGGAAGCCCACUUCAACAUAAGGUACAGUUUGUUUGGGUUAAUCAAGAGGAUGAUGCAGAGGAGACAGCAAUUUCUAAUGCUUGGUAUGAGGUGCUGUCAGUUUUGCACUUGAUGGCAACGCUGUCCUUAUCACAAGCUAACUUACUGCUUCUUCCAAGAACAUCUGCUGAUGGUUACCAACCAAAAGUAUCAGAAGAGAGCAGGCGAGCUUCAAUUGAUAUUUUCUUGAAGGCAGCUGGGUACUUGGAUUGUGCUGUCAAACAUGUUCUCCCGCAGUUGCCCACUCAACUCAGGAGAGAUCUACCUGUUGAUUUAGCUGAAGGAGUUCUACGUGCACUCUGCCUUCAAGCAUUAGGACAGGGUGUUGAUAUCCAACUUGGUGUCGCAAUUGAUAGUACCAAAGCCACACUUGCAGUGAAACGAAGGCUUGCAUGUGAGAUGGUAAAGUACUGGCAGCAGGCACAAGACAACAUUAUGAACCAACCUUUGUCGAAUGGCUGGGGAGAAAAACAUCUGCUCUUUGUAAAAUGGAAGUACAUUGAAGCAAAGGCUGCAGCGUAUUACUAUCAUGGUUUGAUCCUUGAUGAGGGAAACACAGAAAAAUCGCAUGGGAUGGCCAUAUCUGCUUUGCAAGCAGCAGACGAGUAUCUCAAAGAAAGUAAGAAGGCAUGUGAAGCUUUUAACACGGCUCCUCCAUUGUCACGAAAUCCACCUCUUUGGGGAACCAUGAAGUAUCUUUCUGAGAAAAUUCCAAAAGACACUUUUAGCAAAGUGCGAAUUAACAGGGAUUUAUACACACAUGAAAAAAUUGUGGAGACGGCGCCAACAUUGCCUGAUUUUGCUUUGGCCCUGAAACCUGAUGAAUAUCAACUUCCUCCAGUGAACACCUCUUGGAAUGAUGAAAACAUAAACAAGGGGUAACUUGGCUCCAACAGGCCGAAGGGUGAUAGAACAUAAGCCAUUUGCGGUAUUUCUCUGAUUGUGGAUAUCAUGGGGUGGGCUCGUCAGAAACGAAGAAUGGUGGCUGGUAACAAGGGAUCCAUUCUUCAAGUACUGUGUACCAAAAGGUCCAUAUUAGCUCUUCUUUUUCUUUUCACCAAUAUGUUUUUCUUUUUUUGCUCCCCUUUUUCCUGGAGAACGAUUCAUCAGUAAUAGAGCUUUGUACAAGUCCCUGUUGUGUAACUUGCUACUACCAGGAAAGGGUUGAUUUUCUCUGUCAAUUCCCAAAUAAUGUGUAUGCCCUUUUUGUUCAGUGAAGCCACUACGGUUGUCCAUUUGUUUGUUAGAAAAGCUUUGUACAAGUUCCUAUUGUGUGAAAGAAUGGCUGUUACAAGAAAGGAUGAUAUUCUUUUUCUA